CGGGUUGGUUGCAUAUUAAUUAACUCAAUUUCGGAAAAAAAAACGUCUGAAACCUGCGAUAGAGUAGUUAUCUCCUGAGUGCACUUUACUCCGUUUUUUCAGCGGAAAGCUCUAGUUGUCCAUUUACCUCGUACAAACAGGUUGACAGGCAAGCAGAGCGAAAUUCACGCCCCUGGCUACUGGCCUGCAUUCUAUCAUCUAACAAACUUGCCAACGAUUGGCGAGAAUUUCAUCGCCUUUGGUAAUUUCAGCCAAUCACAGGGGCCGAAGAGCUACUGGUGCUGUACAAUGGGGAAGACAAUCCGGUGAUAGCUGCUACAGAUGGAGAACAGACGAGAGGUUUGAGCGAGACAGGGUAAAGGAAAACAAAAAUAAAAUCACCAUUAAACCACGAGGCGUAACGGAGAAGCCAGCCUAUUCUUCAGGGAAGUCCCUGGAAGAAUCAGCCAUGUCUCAGGAGAACACAGACCAGGUGCAGCAGCCAUGUGCUGCCUUUCUUGAGGAUUCUUCUCAGGUCUGCACCUCCAUUAUGGUAGCGGAGGAGGACGGCAGGGCUGAGGAAGCUGAGGAACCACAAUCCAGUGCUCCCCUAGAGAUAAACCAGUUGUCCCCAGUAGAUGCAGAGUUGGGACAAGCUGGUGAUCAACCAGGCUCCAACUCAAACUGUGAUGGACUUGAGGAGGAAGAUGCAGGAAAUCUGACCCAAGAGCUGGAAUCGGUGUCCUCCCAGCUGCAUACUGGGCUGGAUCCAAGUAAUUCUGCUGAAGGGGAACUAGAGUCGUCUGUGUUUUCCUGUGAGCACUGUGAGCGGCACUUCUCUACCAAACAAGGCUUGGAGCGACACACACACAUUCACGUCUCUGUGAAUCGUCGGAUGCACACAUUUAAGUGUCGGUACUGCAGCAAGCCCUUUGGCUCACAGGUUGGCCGUCGGCGUCAUGAAAGAAGGCAUGAAAAUGGACCUAUGAAAAAAAUGGCUCUAGUCUCAGGGCCUUCAAAAUCGCUUAGUCAGCUCAGUUCGCAGUCUGACAGUUCUGGCCCAGACCCUGUGACCGGUUCUGACAGCGCAGGUGUCAAUGGAUCUCCAAGCUCUGCCAAUCCCAAAGUCAGCUCUUCAACGCAAAAGGUCGCUGUUAUGGCGGAAGCACGACGGGCCCCCGCAGUGGAUGACAGUGGUGAAUCCAAGGAGCUUCACCCUUGUAAAUACUGCAAGAAGGUUUUUGGCACUCACACCAACAUGAGGCGGCACCAGCGGAGGAUCCAUGAGCGCCAUCUGCUGCCCAAGGGCAUCCGAAAGAAUGGCACUCUCCUGCAAGAAACACAGCUGCAGAAGCAGCCCCCUCCAGAGGGGUCCCCUGAUGCCAGUCCGCCGCCAGUCUACGUGCCCAGUGGUGAUGUGGAAGAUGAGGGUGGUCAAGAGGAAUACAUGGUUGACAUAUCCAACAACAUCUCUGAAAACCUUAGCCUGUAUAUUGAUGGAAAAAUCCUGUCGACCAGCACGGUCAGUAACUGUGAGGUUAUUCAGGUAGACUCAAGCUCUGUUGCUUUAUUUGGUCUGGAUGCUUUCAUUAUUAGCCCGGAUCAAAUCAGUCAGGUUCUCAAAGUAGACACUGCAGUUUGUACGGUAAAAGAGAAUCCUGCCCAACCUGUGUCAAAAAGAAGAACUGCUACACCACCUCUUCCCCCUAACAUAAAAACGGAGUUGGACUCUAUACCAGUAAUAUCCUCCUUAUCUUCUCCCUCAUCGUCGUCGUCACCGUCAUCAUCUUCAUCUGUAGUUGGCACCAGCUCUUCUCAACCCACAGAGACAUUAGCCUUUCAGAAAGAAAAAACACUAUAUCUCUCACCUAAGCUGAAACAGCUCUUGCAGACACGUGAUGGAUAUAAACCUACCUCGACUCUGAUCACAGAUGGUCACAGACCAGGUCCACCCCCACCCAUGGCUGCUUUGUCUGCAGGUUCAGGGAGGUUCAAGAGAAGGACAGCUUCUCCUCCUAACUCUUCGCAGUAUAACCCUGUUGGAAGCUCAAAGUCAGAGGCUGUGGUCUCUCUUGGGUCUAAGGCACCAAAGAUAGACAAUCAGGGCAGUUCCCCAACUCAAAGUUCAAGCAAUGAUGAGAGAGACACUGAUAGUCCACCUGGAACAGACCUCUUUAUAUUAACAACUGAAGACUGGCCAAACUCGAGGAGUGUCGGCAGUUCCUGCAACCAGCAGCCCUUGGACCUUUCCAGUGCUGUCAGUAAAAAAGAUGAGGGUCAGAAUAAUGGUCCUGGAGAAAUUGUAUUGGAUUUGAGCAUGCAUAGGAAGACCUCCACCGAACCUGAAGUAAAGGGAAGCUUAUCCACACAGCCUCUACUCAAGAAAAGAAAACCAGACACUAGUGUUUUGGAGAAGGUGUUGUUAAAUGAGUAUGAUGGAUUGGAGGUGGCUGUAGAGGAAAAUACAGGCAAAUUGGAGACCUCUCCGGGAGUGGUUGAACCUACAACACAGUGUUCUCCUGACAGCCACUCCCAUAAUUCUGAAGAACUUUUAUCAGAACAAGUUGUUGUCUCUGUCACACGUCAGUCGCCCCCUCCUUCUUUAACUCCUGUUACCAUGCAUUCCCCUUCCCCCUGCAGUCCAGCUGUAGGGUCACCAACUCCUCCCCCUCCUGUUCUGCCCUCUGCUUCUUCUCCACAGCCCCUGUCUGAAUCUACAGAACUUCAGUCCGCUUCCUCCCCAACCCAGAAAUCUCUUCCAGACCUAUCACCCAACAUAUCCCCUAGACCUCUUGAAAUUAAUCAGGGGAAGCUGUCACCUGUCUCAGAACAGGACACUAGCGUUAUGGUGCAAAACGUGGUAAAUUGUGCAAAUUUAUAUCAGUUAGCUGAGCCCCUGAGUUCUUCAGAACCAAAAAGCCAUACAUUUCUUACAAAUCAACCUUUUAACCAAAUGGCUUUACAUACAGCUUCAGAAUAUUCUUUAAUUGGUGGUUCUUCCUCUACGGCUAUAACAAAUUGCAAUAUUAGCUCUUUUAAUGUUACUCAUAGGGCAGUUGUUAUUGAAUGUACACUUUCCAUUGAGUCGUCUCAGAAUCUCGUGUCUGCUCCAGUCACUGUUCUUGAGAAUCCCCCUACAGAUAACUUGAUCGUAAACCAGGAGACAAAACUGGAAGAGCAGCCGAAAUCUCAUUCCCACACUCCACCACAUUCUCUUGACCCUCCUGUAUACCUGCCCCCCUCAUCAGAAUCGGCAGUCCCUUCUGUGUCCCAGGCUGUCAUACCUGAAAGUCUAGCACCUUCAUUGGCCCCGUUGUCUGGGCUAUCUGACUUAUCUGAAGGUGAUCUGAAGCUUGAUGACCCAGUUGCAACUUCAGCUGACCCACCUGAUCUGGCACCUUCAAGUCCACCUUCUGCCUCUGAGAGGACAUCUGACAAGGUGGAGUUCUUGCAGAAAGAAACUUUCUCGAAGAGUUUUAUGUGCAAUGUUUGUGAAAAGCCCUUCUGCUCCAUAAAAGAACUGAGUCACCAUAUCUCUGAGCAUGCAGAAGAGUGGCCAUUCAAGUGUGAGUUCUGCGUGCUGCUCUUUGGAAAGGCUGAUGCUUUGCUAGAGCACCGUUCAUCCCUCCAUGGUGUUGGCAGGAUCUAUAUAUGUAGUACUUGCUCAAAGGAGUUUGCCUAUCUUUGCAAUCUGCAACAGCAUCAAAACGACCUUCAUCCUGGUCAAAACUGCACAUACUCAGAAGUGGAAAAUGGGAAGCUGAGACCUCAGAAUCACAAUGGUCCUGUGAUGGAAAAUAGGGAGACUUCAGCUGGGGAUGGUCCCUACAGCAAUGUAGCCAGUGACGUGAAGAAGGAGGAUGAUCUCGAUGACUCCACGGAAGAGCUGUACACUACAAUAAAAAUCAUGGCUUCCGAAGGAGGCAAGCCGAAAGGUCCGAACGUGCGGCUCGGCAUUAACCAGCACUAUCCCAGUUUUAAACCCCCGCCGUUUCCGUAUCACAAUCGCACCCCUGCUGGCUCUGUUGCCUCCGCCACCAACUUCACUACCCAUAAUAUCCCACAGACGUUCACCACAGCCAUCCGUUGUACUAAGUGUGGCAGGAGCUUUGAUAACAUGCCAGAGCUGCAUAAGCACAUUCUGGCCUGUGCGAAUGCCAGUGAUAAGAAGAGGUACACCCCUAAGAGGAACCCCAUCCCCUUGAAGGAGUUUGCGAAGGCACAGAAUGGAGUGCUUUCCCCAACCGCAGCGGCAGCUGCCAAUGCCGGACAGAACGCCUUCCGGCGGAUGGGCCUCUCCAAAAGGCUCAGUCUCAACCAAGAUCCGUCUUCUAAGGUGAAGCUGAAUGCGCUUAUCCCCAGGAAAAACCAGCUGGCUCAGAAGGCUAUUUUGCAGAGGAACAAGCAGUCUCUCAUAGCCAAGAGGAGCUCUGUGAAAGUGGAGGAGCAGCUCUACGUUUGCCCACACUGCAAUAGGGAGUUUACUUACCGGGGCAGCCUCAACAAGCAUGUGGCUCUCAACUGCUCAAUGAAACCUGUUUCCAAAAAGUCCAGGAAGGUAAAAGCUGGCAGCCUGCCUGUCAGCCAGGAUCGCAAUGGUAACCUCCGCAGGCGAGCAGUAGAUUCCGGAAUUAAGCAACAAGGGCCAGUCCUUGUGCCAAAAUACUUGGGAAAAACCAGAACUCGAAGUUCUGGGCCUGGAACCGCUGUUCCCCUCAAGCCUCACCCCAGCAAAGGAAAAAUGGCAGUGCAGGCUGUUCAGCUGAAGAGGCCCGCCUCCUUGCCAGCGGCUCUUGUUCCUUUCAGCAAGAAAAGUAAAGCCACCCUGAACAGCAAUGUUGUGAUGCUGCAGCCGUCUCCUGCACUACCCUCUGUGCUUCCCCCGGUGCCCAUGAGAUCCCAGCGUGGCGAGCCGGACCCACCUAAGAGACUGGCCGAAGGGAACCUGCCAUCACAACCCAAGAAAGAGGAGCGCUUGGCUGUCAUGACGCGUAUGAGGUCAGGUGGGCCAGUCACCCGCAGUCUACAACUGGCCAAUAGCAAGACACCUGCUGUGUCAGAGGGAGAGAUGCCCAACUGAGAACGCAGAGAACCUCAGGACCCUUCAACAAAAUUUCCUGAGUAGGGCAAAAGGGGCAGUGCUGCUGGUCGACCAUCCAAGACCAUGGGAGGAGGCGGUGGAAGGGGAGAUGUGGCAGGACGUCCACAGACCCAGGUCCCGCUGAGAAGCAGUGGACUCCAGUAUGCUGGUUGACAAAGGGGACACGUUGUCCGUGCCGCGGGCAGACCCAGUGGGUUUAAGACUUGCACGCUUGUGAGCAUGUGGUGUAUCCUAAAGAUGGCUUCGGCUCUUUGCCGCUGUCGUGUAAGUUCCCCUGUGCACUUUUGUAAAAAAUAAACCUUUCACGUGCUAGAUUUGUACAUUGAGAUUAUACUGAUGAUGCUUUAAAAAAUACUCCCCCCCCAUUACUUGACCUGUAUAGAACACAAUUAGUCUCAUCAAGAAUAAUUGCUGAUUUUACUGCAAGUGGCAAUCAUUAUGUGUUGUGCACAAUGUCUACAUUGUUUGCUUGUUUUGUCACCAGUUUUGUGUUCCGUUUCUCAUUCAGGCCUUUUUAUAAUGUCUAGUAAUGCAUGCCAUGAAUAUGAGGUAUGACUUAAAACAACACUGUUAUUUGUGAAAACCACCUCCAUUUCUGUAACGUUUAUUGGUAUGAACAUCUGUAGUAUAUAAGAAAUAUGGUGUACAUUUCUUAAAUAUUACUGAUAUCUGAAUGGUUUAGAAUGGUAUUUAUGCUACAGAAUCCUGCAUCUAAUGCUAAGAAAGCUGCCUCUUUCCCUCAGGCAGGAUAUUGGAAUAGGCAGAGAGACUCCCGUGCUGUUGUCCGCGAGGGACAGUCACAGUUCUGGGUAGCCAGUGUUUCAUGAUGACUGAGCAGCCUCACUCUGAAGGCAGCAAUCAGGCCCCAUCUCGUGUAAUGAUUACCUUCUCUGAAAUGCGCGUUUCUCAUGCUGAAUGAAUACUAAGUCUACCAAUUUACGACACUACUCCUUAACUGUCAGCUCACUGCUGAAAUCACUGAGUAUUUUCAUUUCAAUAUAUUUGUUUUUAAACCUGUAUGUUGCAUUAAGUGUAUUACAGUAUUUUUUAUUGUAAUGACAGUACCUUGGUCUAAAUACUCUGACAUCAGUCAUGGCUUCAGAGGUGAGUAAAAGUCAUUGACUUUAAUGAAGAAUCCCGACACUGUGGUUGUGGUUGUAUUUGUUCACUGUUCACCUUUUGAUUUUCAAAUAAUUGUAGUGCUUUUUUAAAACAGCAUUUAUUGUAGGUAGAACUGCUCUCACUGCACUCAGAAGACGGAUAUGAUGUUGAAGACACUUGAAAAUACCUUCCUAAACAGACUCCAGAAUAAUAAUUCAUAGUAUACCUCCCCCCAAAAAAAACAAACUGCCCCCAGAGCUUUGACCUAAUGCCACAUAGAUUACUGAUUAUUGGUUAUUUUUUUUUUCUUAUAUUGACAUGAUGCUGACAAGGCAGUGGUUUCCUUCCGUUUUUUCUGCAAGUUGCUUUUUACAGUACGAGAAAUGAUCGAACCUUUUGAAAAUUCAUUUUCACAGCCCAACCAUAUUUUGACUUCAAUAGCUGAACUUUCUGAAAAUUGGAAAAAAAAAAAGAUGGAGAAAAGAUGAGACUAUGGAGGAAGGAUUUGGUAUCUUUGUAUGAAACAUGGGUGGGUAGCUGUGCGGCGUGAAGGAUUAGCAGCACGCUUUGGCCUGGUGUGUUGUGACAUCAGGCAGUUCUGGUGUCAGCAGUAGGGAAUCGUCUAGCAAGUUUGGACAUACUCUGCUGUAUAAAAUUAAUCACAAUGAUUAUUUUUCUUUAUAGAGAAUAAACUUUUAAAGGCCUGCUCCGUAAACACAAGAACUCUUCAGUGGCUCAUGGAGGCAGGAUGUGGCUGAGUGGGCUAAGUCACUGUGCCUGUCAUCAGGAAUUUGCUAGUUCAAGCCCAGCCUCGGCACGUCUGCGGGUCCUUCAGCCGGGCCUUUAACCCUCCCUGGGUGCUGCUAUGGGUGGCUGCCCUUCACUGCCAGCUUGCUCUCACUUACAGGGAGCAAGCUGGGGGAGGCAUAAAGAGAAUUUUCCUCCAGGGGUCAGUAAAGUAUCUAUUAAAAAAAUAUAUAUUGCCAUUGAAGCUGAUUUUCCGUCUUAGCCGCACAGACGAUGAGGAUGACAGGGUCACUUCCCCAGGAAAAGGUGAAGACGUCUCACAUCAUGACCGAAAGGGUGGAGAGGAUUUAGUUUUUUCUGGAGGUGUGUAGUUAUUGAGCCAGAUGAAUCUACCUCUGAAGCACUUCGAACUGAUGCGUUUUGAAAAGUUCCUCUUUUGCUGUUUUGAGAGAAUCUCUGCACUUUCAAAACUGUCAUUCCCGUUAACCGCUGGGCCGCCUGGGCGUGGCCACAGAGGAGGGGUUCACACCUGUAACAUAAGUGACAAAUAUGUUAAAAGCCUUUAAUUUUUAUUCAGAUUUGUUUGUCUUUGGAAAUGAUUGUUGUCCGAUCAACACAUGGUUUUAUGUAGAGUUUGUAGAGUAAAUGGGGACAUUUUAAAGGUUUGAAGAGGUACACUGGGUAGGGAACUGCCCGAAUAUCUCCACAUGUGUUACACAGACUGUUGGAAUUGAAGUUAUUAAAAUAUGUUUUUCCCUUUUA